AUGAAUCUGACAGAUGUUCGGAUCAAGAAGAAUGAUGAUAUCUUCUUCAGUCGGCAUCGAGUGCCAUUAGUAACGGAUGAUCCAUUGGGCCUGAAAUUUUGGCAGUACUCUUUGAUGGCAUUUCUGAAGAUUGCGACGUUGCUGUUGUGGCUGCUGGUUGGUGCUGGUGCGGACUGCGGUCCAGAAGACAGUGCGUUCCUGUGUUGGGACGUCUGCGGCAAGGAGAUGAGGGGCGCCGGCGGAUGCGGACGUCGGGUGAUGUUUGUCGGGGCAAUGCUGUUCUUGGACUGCGUCAGACAGGCGGACUUGAAGGAAGUGAAGCUGUUGUCGCCGAUGGUCUGCGUCGGGCGUCGGGCCGACAUGGAUUGUGUCGUGACGCCGUGGAAGUGGUGCAAGGAAGUCAUGCCACCCAAGCCAGAGAUCUCGACGGCGGCAGUUCCGCCGGUGGUUGAUGAGCCUCGCCCAUUGGCGCCAACAGCCAACCUGGCGGUCGUCCACGUGCCAGCUAGCAAAACGCUUUUUGUGGUUCGGGCGCCGCCCUCGACGCAGCAAAGCGUUGUAGUGGCCCAAGAAGUGCCGCAUGUCAUCAGGGCACUGUCGUCGACACUGGAAGUGACGGUCAACAUCAAACAUGGUGUUGUGCAUGUCAAGGCGGACGUGGACCCGUGGACUGCAAUGGUCCUGGAUUUCAUGGGCCUUGGAGGAGCAGGGGCUACGUCCCUGGCUGUAUUUUUGGUUUGGCUGGUCAAGUUCAUAAGGAACAAGUCAUCGUACAUGCAGGAGCUGGUGCGGAUGCUGACGCCGGAGGAUCAGCAGGAUCCGGAAGCCCAACCAGUGGUGGAUCUGCUGGGGCUGGAAGAGACGGAUAAAACUGUCGAAGACAACAAGGAAGAAGAGUUGGCCCUUGAGGACAAUAAUCUGUUCAAAGAAAUGUUAAAUGCAUAAAUAUAAAAAUUGCAUUAGAAAGAGAGCGCCAUUUUUGUACCUGCGCAUUUAUAUGGGUCAAGGCAAUGAGAGAAAUUUGUAAAAAGAA